AUGACUAACGUUAGAGGAAACAACAGCACAGCUACCGGCUACCGGCUACCGGCUACCGGCUAUCGGCUACCGGCUACCGGCUACCGGCUACCGGCUACCGGCUACCGGCUAUCGGCUAUCGGCUACCGGCUAUCGGCUACCGGCUACCGGCUAUCGGCUACCGGCUACCGGCUACCGGCUAUCGCACUCGCUACCUCACCUCCCCCAGCCCACUACGCAGCCAUCCCUCGCCAGCCCCCAGCGCUCCAGACCCCCCAGCCCCCCUCCAGCCUCACCAACCAGCCCACGCAGCCCUCCUCCCCUGACCUAGCCUCCGUCCCACCCGCCACCUCCAGCCCACCAGCUCAUCCCCAGCCCCUUCCAGCCCUAGCACAACCAGCCCUCCAGCCCUCCACCCCAGCUCUCCGCAGUCCACCAGCCCUCCAGCCACCAGACGUCCACCAGCCUCCAGCCCUAACCAGCCCUCCAGCCCACGCAGCCCUACCCAUCCCCAGGCCCUCCAAGUCCACCAUCCCUCCAUCCAAACCAGCCCUCCAGCCCCCUACAACCCUACCAGCACCCAGCUCCAGCCCUCCAGACCUCUUCCAGUCCACCACCGAGCCCUUGCCUCUAGUCCACCAGCCCACCCAGCGCCCCAGCCCUCCGCAGCCCAUCCCAGCCCAGUCACCAGCCACCAGCCCUCCUAGUCCACGGCCCUCCAGCCCUCCAGCCUCUGUCCACGCCCCCCAGCCCACCAUCCCUCUCCCCUCCAGGCCCUCCAUACACGCCCUGUCCACCAGCCCACCAGCCUCCACCUACCAGCCCACCAGUCCAGCCUCUAGUCCCACACCUCAUCUCCUCCAGCCCUCCAGACUCCCAGCCUCCAGCCCCCAGGACCUCCAGCCCUCCAGCCCUCCAUCCCUCCAGCCACCCAGCCCUCAGUCCACCAGCCCACCAGCCCUCCAGCCCUCCAGCCCACCCAGCCCUCUAGGUCCACCAAGCCUCAGCCCUCCAAGCCACCAGCCCUCCAGACCUCUAGUCCACCAGCCCUCCACCCACAGUCCACCAUCGAGCACAGACCCUCCAGCCCACCAGUCCUCCAGACCUCUAGUCCACCAGCCCUCCAGCCCACCAACCUCCAGACCACCAUCCCUCCAGCCAACCAGCCCUCCAAGCCCUCCAUCCCUCCAAGCCCUCCAGCCCUCUGAGUGCCACCACCCUCAGCCCUCCCAAGCCCACCAGCCCUCCAGCCACCAGCCCUCAGAACCUCCAGCCCACCAGCCCUCCAGACCUCCAGCCACAGCCCAUAGCCCUAGCCCACCAGCCCUCCAGACCACAGCCCUACCAAACCUCCAGCCCCACCAGCUCCACCAGCCCUUCCAGUUCCACCAGCCCCUCCACACCUUCCAGUCCAAAGCCUCAGCCCUCCAGCCCUACCAGUCCACCAGCCCUCCAGCCCUCCAGCCCUCCUCCCCUCCCAGACUCACUGCACACAGACAACCUUCCCCACCUUGCUCACCCACCAGCCCUCCAGCCCUCCAGACCUCCAGACCUCCACCCACCAAUCCAUUCCAGCCUCCAGCACACCAGACCUCCAGUCCCAUCCCAGCCCUCCAUCCCCCAGCCCACCAGCCCAUCCAGCUCACCACCCUGCCAUCCCUCCAGCCCACCAGCCCUCCAGUCCACACCAGCCCUGCCACCAGCCCUCAGCCCCACAGCCCUCCACCUCCAUCCCUCCAGCCCUCUAGUCCACCAGCCCACCAGCCCUCCAGCCCAACCAGACCUCUAGUCCACCAGACCCUCCAGCCCACCAGCCCUCCAGCCCACCAGCCCUCCAGGCCCACCAGCCCUCUAGUCCACCCAGCCCUCCAGUCCACCAGCCCUCUAGUCCCAGCCAUCCCAGCCCACCAUCCCUCCAGCCCUCCAUUCCCUCCAGCCUCUAGUCCACCAGCCCACCAGCCCUCUAGUCCACCACCUCCAAGCCCUCCAGACCUCCUAGUCCACCAGCCCUCCAGGCCACCAGCCCUCCAGCCCUCCAGCCCUCUAGUCCACCAGCCCACCAGCCCCUAG